AUGUUCGGGUAUCCACUGAAAUAUCAAAGUUUGGGAUCCAGGGUCCAUGAAAAAAAAACUCGCCGAGCAGGAGGACCGGAGUCUGCCAAUCCUGACUCGACCGCUUGCGCCAUCGGCCUGCCAUUGUAUCCUCUGUCUCCCCCUUCUACCAAACAAACAAACGAGUUCCCCCAUUUUUCCUUUCAACGGCGACACAUUUCCGCCCACUCCGAAUCAUCCAUCGUGUCUGCGCAUUCCGUCAUGGUUCAGUUCGCAUCGCCCUCUCGCAGCCAGAGCCCCUCGGGUGCCUCGUCCGCUGGCGAACCCCGGCGCACUAAAAAGUCCAAGGGCAAGGAUGGCAGCAGCAGCAAGAAGAAGCGCCCCAGCGCCGCCGACGACCAAGAUGGAGAUGACACCAAGGCCAGCGGCAACGGCACCAGCGUCCGUCAGAACGCCGAGAGACGUUCCAGCAUGAGCAAGCCAGCCCGCGACUUCCGGGACCAGCCCGAACCCACGCCAAAGAAGAAGAAGAGAAAGACGUCGACCUCGUCGGCGGCCGUCCCUGAGCCCGCCAUCGCUCCGACACCGGAAGAGGCUGGCGAGACGUUGACCCGCUCGCCGAGCCCCCUCAUCGACUUUGACGGCCUCUCCCGCCCCAGCCGCGGCACUCGGGAGAGGUUAGACGAGUCCCCCGAGCAGAAGGAGCUGCGCAUGGAGAAGAUGAAGGGCGCCGUCCGCACCCUCCUCGAGUGCAUCGGCGAGGAUCCCGACAGGGAGGGUCUCCUAGCUACGCCCGAGCGCUACGCCAAAGCCAUGCUCUUCUUCACAAAGGGCUACCAGGAAAACGUGCGAGACAUUGUCAACGGCGCCAUCUUCCAGGAAGGCCACAACGAGAUGGUCAUCGUCAAGGACAUUGAGGUGUUCAGCAUGUGCGAGCACCACCUGGUGCCCUUCAACGGCAAGAUGCACAUUGGCUACAUCCCGUCCAACGCCGUCAUUGGCAUCUCGAAGCUGCCGCGCAUCGCCGAGCUGUUUGCCCGCCGACUGCAGAUCCAGGAGCGCCUGACCAAGGAGGUGGCGCACGCCAUCAUGGAGGUGCUCAAACCCCAGGGUGUGGCCGUGGUGAUGGAGUCGAGCCAUCUGUGCAUGGUCAUGAGGGGGGUGGAAAAGACGACGACGAGCACCAUCACCAGCUGCGUCCUGGGGUGCUUUGAAAGGAAGGAGAAGACGAGAAACGAGUUUCUGAGUCUGAUUGGCGUCAACCGCCGGUAAAACAACUGAUACCCUUUGCGUUGAUAAGGUGUUGCUGGCUGUUGUGAUUCUUUUCAACAAAAGAGCAGGAUGGGUGGCAGCGAUGCCUAGUACAAAUAUUCGGGAAUACGGUGUGGUAUUUUGCUUUUUCUGUACCUUUCCUUUUGUUUUCUCUCUCUUUUUUUUUCCUCACAAAAGAAGAUACGUAAACAUGGCGUUUUGGGAAAGACGGUCGCGGUCUGUACACGAGAGCGCGAUGCAGCGCAGCCGACACAGCAUGGAGCAUUUGGUUGGGCGGGCGCAUCUACAUGCAUGAUUUAUUUGUACGUAUGAGGUGAUGAUCUCAACAUCGCAUCUGCCAUCAUUCAACAUAAUGUAGCCUGGCACGCUACAGACAGGAGGGAUAGGAUAGCAUUCAAUAGCAUACGAUCAACAAUGUGUUGUUGGCAUGGGGCAUGAAUAAAUCAUGACACUCUUCGCACC